GUUCGGCCCGAAGGCUGCGGCCUGCCGUGCCCCUGGUCCGAAGGGAAGGCCCGAAACCGCCGCCUGCCAGCUCCCCCGGCCCGGCCCUCCCUGAUAGCGCAGCCCCUGAGCUCCCCCCACCCUGCUCUGCGGGCACCCCAGGGCCUGGCUCCCUUCAUAGAGCCAUGGAGAAGUUUGGCAUGAACUUCGGAGGUGGCCCAAGUAAGAAAGAACUUCUGGAAACCAUUGAAUCGCAGAAGAAGCAGCUUCUGAAUUACCAGGCUCGGCUGAAGGACGUGGUGAUAGCCUACAAGAGCCUCAUCAAUGAGAAGGAAGCCUUGGAAGCCAGCUUGAAGGUGUUGUCGGCAUCUCACGAGGCUGAUGUUGGCCUGAGUGGUGCUCAGCCUGCAUGCGUGGCUGCCUCCUGCUCUUCUCCUGCUGAUCCCACUGAUGAUAAGAGCUCGGUUCACAGCGAGGACAGCAUGGGGACGGCGACCAGCGCAGACACGACGGCCAGCUUGGCCAGUGCAAAGGGCGAGCAGGGCGCUGAGGAGGAUAAACCUGCAGCAGCUGCAGCCUCUCUUAAAGCAGAAGAGACAAACGGUUCGGAGAGCGGUGUCAGCACGAGCAGCGGGGACGUGUCCUGUGCUGCCAGCGAGGCUGAUAAGAGGGUGCUUCAGCUGAAGACUCAGCUGGCCACCUUGACCAGCGCUCUGUCAACGGUCACACAGGAGAAGUCCCGCAUGGAAGCCUCGUACCAAGCCGAUAAGAAGAAGAUGAAGCAGGACCUGGAUGACGCUGUUAAAAAAGCAGAGGAUGAGAUCGAAAGGUUGGAGACGGAGCUGAGGUCUGUCCAGGAGCAGCUCGCUGAGACCAAAGCCCGUCUGAUCACGCAGCAGCACGACCGAGCCCAGGAGCAGAGCGACCACGCUGUUAUGCUGAGAGAGCUGCAGAAGCUGCUGCAGAGUGAAAGGGCGUUGAGACAGGACGCAGAGCUGAAGCUGGAGGAGACCAGGGAGGUGCUGGCCGGACGGGUGUGCAUGGCUGACCGUGCGGAGGGCUACGAGCUGCAGAUCAAGCAGCUGAGCCAAGAGGUGGAGGACCUGAAGAGAGAGCUGCAGGUUGUUCAGGAGGAGAGAAAGAAGCCAGACCCCCGGGUACAGGACCUGCAGGAGGAGAUGGCCAAUCUUAAGAACCACUUCCAAGCGCAGCUGCUGCAGGAGAUGAGGAAGACAGCACAGGCAGAGGAGCAGCUCCGGCAGCACGCCCAGAUGGAGGAGCAGCGCGUGGCCGACCUGGAGGGACAGGUCUCUGAGGUGUCAGGGCUGCUGGGCACCUACGAGAAGGCCAAGCAGAAGGACCAAAUGGUCAUCCAGAAGCUGAAGGACCGCAUCGUGCAGCUGGACCAGGAGAACAAAACCUUGGCCAUCGCGGCCUCCAGCCGAUCCCCUGCUGAUGUAAACGUGGAAGAAGCCAAUCUGGAUGUGAACGUUCUCAAGGAUAAGAUGGAGAAGCUGAAGAAGCUGCUGCAGGCGGCAGCAAAGAAGAGUCAGCCCACGCUGGACAUUGAGAAGCUGUGUGAGCUGGAGCUGCCGAAGGGCACCGAGGCCGGGGAUGGCGAGAAGGCCACAGCUUUGUACUAUCAGCAGGAGCUGAAGCAGCUGAAGGAAGAGUUUGAAAGGUACAAGAUGAGGGCGCAAGUGGUUCUCAAGAACAAGUCAGCCAAAGAUGGCAAUCUGGCCAAAGAACUGGAGGAAGCUCAGGAGCAGCUAGCUGACCUGAAGGAGAAAUACGUGGUGCUUCAGCUGUCCUCCGAAGAGGUGGAGAAGCAGCACCAGCUGGACAUGGAAGCCAAGAAGCAAGAGUUCUCCCAGCUGCAGCAGCAGCACAGGCAGGAGCUGGAGCGCUGCCAGCUGGAAUACAGGGAACGGGCACUGAAGCUGGAGGAGGAGAUGCACAAGCAGAGGGACCGGGCGCUGGCGGUGCUGGCCGAGAAGGACCAAGAACUGGAGCAGCUGAGAUCCGUCAUGUUGCCUUACGCCGGGCUCCAGGGCUCCAAGAACUACAUGGCACCAGGGACUGACACUGCGAGCGGUGACCCCCCGGCCAACGGCUCCACAGAGAUCCUCCCCCAGGCUCUCCACCUCUCCACCAAUGCAGAGCCCACCUUCAUCCUGUAUGCGGAGCAGCUGGCCCGCAAGGAGGUGGAGAUCGUUGCGUUGAGGAAGCAGAAGCACAAGCUGGAAAUGCAGGUUCACCAGCUCCAGGAGAAAGUCUUGGUGGAGGAAGAGAAGCACCGGGAAGAGGUGUCAGCACUUCAGAACGAAAUCCAGAAGAACUUCAGAGAUAAGAGCAGAGAAGGAGCCAACCUGGAGUACCUGAAAAACAUCGUCUACAGGUUUUUGACGCUGCCGGAUUCCCUCGGCCGCCAGCAGACUCUCACUGCCAUAUUGACUAUUCUGCACUUCAGCCCGGAGGAGAAGCAGGCUGUCAGAAAGCAGUCAGCACACAGCAGCUGGUGGCUGUCGGGGAAGAGAUGAGGUGGUUGCGGUUAUCCCUCACUGCCUGUGUCUGGGAACACCUUUCUGCUGAGCUCUCCUGCCGUGUGGGGCAGCUCCUCUCCAGCAGCAGCAGAGCUCUCAGCACAGAGCCGUGCUUGAGUUGGUGCUGUCAGCACAGAUUUAAAGCAGAAUUGUGCCAACCCCUCUGGUAGGAUCGCAUCAUUCUCCUGCUCUGAGCUGGAACUUGAUUAUUUUUAAAGAAUAAUCAAGUUGGGACUCUCUUGGACAGACCAGGAACUCCCUCCCUGCUUCCCUGUGUUUCCCAGGGAGGAUGCUCUGAGCCCUGUAGCUGCAGCAGAGCAAGCAGUGCUUCCCCUCUGGUUCUGUUAAGGCAGAGACCUCGGCUGCUGGACCCUGCAAAGAUGGGGGAAGGCUGAAAUCGGCACCGACUGCUCAGCUGACGUUUGUGAGCCAAGUUUGGGAGGUUUGCUGACCCGUAGGAUGUCCUGCAGCGCCCUGGGAGCAAGGCAUGGACCAGUGGGGCUGGAAGAAGCAGAGGUGAGGGGCAGAAGGUGGCAGCUCAGGGAACAGCGUGCAGCCUGGUCUCACCGCUGAAUCUGUGGGAUGCAAUAAGCACUGCUGAUAGACCUUGAGGUUAUUGCAUCGAUUCAUUGCGAGCCUGGAGCAGGUGGCUCCGUGCUGCUCAGCCCUGACUUGGGGAAGACAUCUGCACAUGUAUUUUACGCCAGGUUGUGAGGGCAAAGCCAAGUCUGUGUGUUGGGUGUGGACAGGCACUGUGGGAAGAGUGUGGGAACAGCAGAAGGAGCAGCUCAGGCAGUGCUUCCUCACCCAACAGGGAAAGGGGCAGCCCUGCAGCACAGGAGCUGCCAGAGGAGGGUCCUCAUGCUGCUGUCAGCUCUCUGGAGCUCUCACAGCACAGUUCCUCCCUCUGCUCUCUCACAUCCCCCCUACUGACUCCCCUCCAUCUCUCAGCCCUUCCUGCACAUUUCUCCCUCUUUUCUCUCUUUAUUCAGCCAUCACCCUCCAAAAUAAACUUGAAUAUGUAUUUCUUUGAUGCUUAA